UAAAGAGGAGGUCCUUCAAGCACUAAAUUAUACAAAAGAAGAGAGACACAGAAAAGGCAUGCCAUGGCUUUACAUGGAAUGCUUUUGCAACAAAAAUUGCUACUUGGGGCCUUAAUUUUAGCAGCAACAGCCGCAUCUCAACCCCAUUCGGGCUGCAACAACACAUGUGGAAAUCUUACCAUCCCUUACCCAUUUGGAACAAGUGAGGGCUGUUACCUUGAUCCAUCUUUUCUCAUCACCUGUAACUACUUGUCCGGGAUUCCAACACCGUUUCUGGGCGAUAAAACUAGUAAUAUACCUGUCCUCGACAUAUCAUUAUUGGAUGGUGAACUCCGAGUCUCGAGCUUCGUAGCCCGUGAUUGCUACAACGAGUCGGGCCUCCCUGUUAACCGCCUCUAUACCUCGUUCGAAUUAAUGCAAUAUUUCUACUUCUCAUAUACGAGGAACAAGUUCACUGUCGUCGGUUGUGACACUUAUGCGUUUAUUAAAGGUUCAGGGGAACGAAACUACACGACUGGAUGUACUGCAUACUGUGACCGCAUUGACAGUGUGGUUAACGGGUCUUGCUCGGGCCUUGGCUGUUGCCAAACUUCUAUCGCAGAAGGAAUAUGGGAUUAUACUCUUAGUGUUUCUAGCUACAAUAACUACUCCGAAGUACGCAGCUUCAACCCAUGUGGUUUUGUUUUUCUAGUGGAAGAAGAAGCGUACAACUUUUCCUCCUUAGAUCUUCAACAAUUGCAGAACAAAAAGGAAGUUCCCAUGGUGCUUGAUUGGGCAGUCGGAAAUGAGACAUGCGAAUAUGCGAAGGGAAAUAUGACAAGCUAUGCAUGUAAGGCGGAGUAUAGUGAAUGCUACAACUCCACCAACGGUGCUGGGUAUCGUUGCAAUUGCACCAAAGGUUUUCAGGGGAACCCAUACCUCUAUGAUGGUUGCACAGAUAUUGAUGAGUGCAAAAAUCCAAAGAGCUGCAAUAAUGAAACUCAAAUAUGCAGCAACUUCCCUGGGGAUUUCAAGUGUUCUUGUCGUGAGGGGUACGAAGACGAUGGGAGAGGAACAAGUUGCCUUGCUAAACUGAACCAAUCUAAAGUUAUAACUUUUGCACUGGGUAUCAGCAUAAGCCUCUUAGCACUAGUCGUGGCAGGUUCUUGGAUAUCUUGGGCAUUGAAAAGAAGAAAACUUCUCAAGCUCAAGGAGAAAUUCUUCAAACAAAAUGGUGGAUUAAUGUUACAACAACGACUCCCGAGUCAUAGAGGGUCUGUGGAGACGAAUAAAAUCUUUAGCGCAGAAGAGCUUAAAAAGGCCACCAACAACUACGACAAGAGUAUUGUCCUUGGCCAAGGAUGCUAUGGAACUGUUUAUAAAGGAGUGUUGCCAGAUAACAAAGUGGUUGCCAUUAAAAAGUCCAAAAUCAGUGAUCAGAGCCAGAUUGAGCAAUUCAUAAACGAGGUGAUUGUGCUUACCCAAAUUAACCAUAGGAAUGUGGUUAAGCUAUUAGGUUGUUGUCUAGAAACUGAAGUGCCCUUACUAGUUUAUGAAUUCAUCACAAACGGGACUCUUUCUGACCACAUUCAUAAUGAAAGCCUAUCAUCCUUACUCUCAUGGGAAAAGCGUUUGAAGAUAGCAGCAGAAAUUGCAGGAGCACUUGCAUAUUUACACUCUUCAACUUCUAUGCCAAUUAUACACAGGGAUGUGAAAACUACAAAUAUACUUUUAGAUGAUAAUUACAUGGCAAAAGUGUCUGACUUUGGAGCUUCAAAGCUGGUACCUCUUGAUCAAACACAAUUAACCACUUUGGUGCAAGGAACUUUCGGGUACUUGGAUCCCGAAUACUUCCAUACUAGCCAACUAACAGAAAAAAGCGAUGUCUAUAGCUUUGGCGUUGUUGUGGCAGAGCUAUUAACGGGAAAAGAGGCACUCUCUUUCAAUAGGCCCGAAAGUGAUAGAAAUCUAGCAAUGUACUUUGUUUCUGCAAUAAAAGAGGAUCGCCUACUUCAAAUUCUUGAGGAUCACAUUGUGAAGGAGGGUAAUAUUGAAGAACUAAAAGAAGUUGCUAAUCUUGCAAAAAGGUGCUUAAGGGUAAGAGGGGAAGAUAGGCCUUCUAUGAAGGAAGUAGCAAUGGAGUUGGAGGGAUUGACAAUUAUGGGGAAGCAUCCAUGGGGAAAGGCUGAUCUCCACAUGGAAGAGACUGAGUACUUGCUCAAUAAUGGCCCUUCACACUCUUUCAGUAUUGAUGUUGGCAUUGGUUGUUCUUCUACGGCCAAUACACCAAUUGGGUACGAUAGCAUGAUGAACCAGGUACUAAAACCAGUGGAUGAUGGCAGAUGAUUAGUAAGUCCACGGACAACGGUUCUAUAUUUGCAUCUCUCGAUGAAAUCAAUAAUUGAUAUAUCUCUUUAACUUUUGUAUGCCUAUUAUUUUGAAACAUGUUGUGGACUAGAACAUACUGUUCAGAUCCCCCCCUUUUCUCUUUAAUACGUAUACUUGUAGAGAUAUAUAUGGCUUUGGUUCAUGUGUUAGGUUUUAUGUUAGGCAAUUCGGCGUCCAAAAUAAUUUAAUGUAAAUAAAAUUUGGUUGGGGCUAGUUUG